AUGGCCCUGUCCCCAAAUCCCGGCCCCGCAGAGAAGGCCAUUCGGAAACUGGAUAUUACCCAUGUUUCACUGAGUCUACAACUCCGAUUGGGUCUGGCGAAGCUCAAGUACCAGCAUGGCCGACUUCAUAGAUUGAUGCUGACGCAGGACGGCGGUGACAAGCCCUCCGAGUCUUCGUCUGACUUUUCUCGCAGCCGACGCGAGACGCCCAUGACCUCUCCUGCCCUCCGGGCCGGAACAUAUUCCAAAGAGCUACCUCGAUCAGCCCACAACAAGGAUGCCGUCACCUUCAAUUCCCACAUUACACAACCUAUGCACUCGGCCAGCCGCAAGCGUGUCCGGUAUGAUCCUGAUACCGAGCGUCCAGCCAAAGCUGCUCGACCAUCGGGGAAGAGCCCUCACCAACUGCCUACGUCCUCAGCAGGCCUCAAUUUUCAUAUGACAACUCGCCGACACCCGCGCCCCUUCAUGUAUGAUGCCAUAAUCCCCGAGUUAUCGUCUCCUGUAUAUCAAUCUAUAUGUGAUAAGGAGAAUCACCCGGAUCUGCCUAGACAUAGCUUCCGGCAUGUGAGCUAUAUGUGGGGAUCCUCGCCACCUCGCACUCCUCCCAGGCGUGCCCAUCUGGCCCGGAGUGGCCGUCCCUCACAGCACGAAGAUGGCGCAGACCUGCCCUUGUACCUGGCCAAGUCGCCUACCCCAGCUCGCGAAGCAGGCGUCUCGCACCGUGCGCUCCCAACGUCCACUCCUCCCAGCCAGCAUGCUAUCCUUCCCAUGCUCGCUACCAGGUUGGGUACGCCAGAUCAGCGGUUCAGCUUUGCUGAUUUCGUGAAUGUAACCCCCAGUCCUGCUCAGUCUGCUUGGGGCGGCCGCACGCCUGGCAACUUAGGCCGCUCUCCUCUUUCUACCGAGGGUGCCCACAAGCAAAUGAACUUUGAUGCACUUCUUCAGCCCAGUCUCGCCCCCGAAGGGGCGAGACUGGGCUGGCUCGUCAACUGA